UGCCUACACGGGCGUUUGAACGGCACUCAUCGGUGUGUGUAUGACCUUGCACAGAACGGGAAGUUCCUCCUCGCUUCGCUUUGAAUCACUAUGCUGUAUUGUGUUUUGAUACUUGCUUGUGACUGUUCUCCUGUAACGCGCUCUCAGUCGCGCCUUUGCUUACGGGGAGCAGAGCUAGCUUCUGUGCAUACUCCCGCAUGUCCCUACUUUUCGCUGGAUUACACAAACUAUCGUUGCCAUUCUGGUGUUCUCAACCUGUUUGGACUGUUUAUAAACCGCUCCAUUCCACCCUCCCCCCAUUUGCACGCCUACCUGAACGGCUGGUUAACGAGGUCUCCAGUGCUCUUUUGAUACUACUUUACUUACAUUGGUUGUCUAGCUUAUACCUGUUGAGGUCUAAGUGUUGUGCCUAGUAAUAAAAUUGUGCUGACCAGAGAAAGGCCCUUUGUGAGAGCGGUGGCAUGAAAUGCACUACACAGAGCUAAAGCCCUUCGUUCAAAUAACGACUCUACGGGUAUCA